AUGGACCCCGUCAUUAUAACGCCGGACGAUGUAGCUGAGACGGUCCGAAGGGCCCCGAACUGGAAAAGUCCGGGGCUCGACGGGCUGCAUCACUACUGGCUGAAGGGGUUCGUGGUGUGUCACGCUGUGCUCGCCCGACAAUUUCAAGAAGCUCUCGACCAAAAGUCGCUCCCGAGCCUCUUCACUACUGGGAUCACUCAUUUGGUUCCUAAAGACCGGGAUACCACAGACCCGAGCAAAUACCGCCCCAUCACGUGUCUACCCACGAUAUAUAAGACACUAACAUCCAUUUUGAGCGCGAGAAUCACUCGUCACCUGAACUCAAAUCAGGUGAUGUCGCGCGCUCCAAAUGGAUGUCGGGGCGGUGGUCGUGGAACCAAGGAACCACUCCUCAUAGACGCGGUCAUUGGCAAAGUGGUUAAACGCAAACGUCGGAACUUAUCCGCCGCCUGGAUAGACUACAAAAAGUCAUUCCACUCGGUGCCUCAUACAUGGCUGAAGAGGGUCCUCGAGCUGUACAAGGUUGACUGUACAGUUAGAGACUUCCUCGGGCAGUGUAUGGGGCAGUGUAGUACGAUCCUUUGUCAUCUAGGCGAGCGGAUGACGGCUGCAGAGAACCACAUAAAGAUAAGAAGGGGUAUCUUCCAGGGCGAUUGUUUGAGUCCAAUCUGGUUCUGCAUCUCUCUGAACCCUCUUAGUAUCUUACUGGAGGGUUCCGGGAGAGGAUUUCAGCUUCGGAGAGGAGGUACAAAAGUGACCCACCAUUUCUAUAUGGAUGAUCUCAAGUUAUUGUGGAAUUGCUAA